GCAGUCAUGCAUGUGUAGAUGAAUCAGGUGGUUAGAUAGAUAGAUAUGUAUCACUGCUUGUCGAUCUUCCUAAAACUUGCACAUUUCUCUUCGUCUUGGUUACACUUUUUCUACGAGUUGGGAUUUAACGUUAUUUCGGUUACCUCUACCUCAUUUUUGGUGUGAGUUGGAUCAUACGUGUUCAGACAAGUGUUGUUACCUGAUGAGUGGAUGAGGUGACACCAUGGGACAGUCUGGCAGUGCUCAGAUCGAGACCCUCACCCACACCCAGCAGGCUUCCCCCCUCCCUGUGAAGAAGGCUCCUCCCCCACGGCCUGCAUCUCCACCACCUCGUCCUGCACCCAUCCAGAGGACUCCAAGCUAUGUCAUUCCAGAAAAUCUUGUUAUGCCAGGAGGAAUAUUGCCAAAGAAAAAACUUAAACCUGUAUCGCAGGAAAUAUCAAAAAUAUAUCCUGAAUUUGCAGAAAUAUUUCCUUCAAGAGAUGAUGAUGAAGACUGGUCAAACUCACUGGAUGUAUCCAUGGAAACAUCAUCAAGUGGAGAUAGUGAGAAGGAAAAUUCUGCUAGAACAAAAGAGAAUAUUUUAGAGAGUAACAGUAAAGAGAUUGUGGAAGCCAGUACACUUCCCAGAACCAGCAAAGAUAGUCACAUGACUGGAAGUCAGCAAGUAGUUGGAGGUUCACAAAAUGGACAUCAAGGAACCCAUGCAAAUGUUGGUCUGAAGCGGUCAAACUCUCUUGAUAGAACACCUGCUUCUGCUCUGGGCAAGGGCCACAGGAGAAAUCAAUCAGUUACAACAAGAAGUCUUAUGAAUGAACAAAACACAAUCUUUGAAGACCCAAGGGAACACUUGUAUGACCAUUGGCGAAAAGAUCCAUACACAAAUCCCUUGCCCAGUGUUGUGUCCCUUCCAGUUAAGAAUAAUUUCGACAUUGACAUUUCUUACAACAUGACGUAUGCCCAGCUAGCAGAAUACAGGAGAAAAACUAAUCUGGAGGAGCUUGAGAAAAGCACUGGCAUAAACCUCAACCAGCUUAGUGAGGAGCUGAAUUCCAGCAAGGAGGUUUCUCCUUUUGACAGACAGUUCUUGCGAGCAUCUUCACGGAGCACCAGUACAGCAAGUUCAGACGCCGGUGUGAGCAAGCGCAAAAAGAAACGAGCACCUCCACCACCACAGUCUGCAAGUAAUGGAGACCUGAACAGUGAACCCCCUGCAGAUUAUGAUGUGGAUGACCUGUCUCCCAGAAGUCUUCCAGAAAGACUUUACCUGCGGAAAUCAUCCAUAUCAUCAAUGAUUUCCACAACCAGCAGCAAAGCUAGGAUGGCACCUCCACCUCCUAAUGCUUCCACAUCAUCUUCCAUUACUACUCUUCCAUCAAAAGCUGUGCAGAACAAUGUUAGUGCCAUAACAACAAAGGUAGACACCUUGCCAGAGAAAAUGGAAAGUUCAUCAGAUAAAACUAAAGAGUCACCAGAGCAAGAUGCUAUUGAUAAACUGGAUGCCUUAAUAAACUUACCAGAAUCUCCAGACAAUACUGGUACAGAGCAGAAAUCAAAUACUGUAGAAAAUGUGAACACUGAUAGCAAUGAGUCUAUAAAUAAAGCAGAUGAUACAAAUGCUGAAAUGCUUUCAGUCACAGACAGUGAAAGCCCAAAUAAGGAAGAUAAUACGUGUGCAGAGGACCGUUUGAAUUCUCUUGUACAGAAACAGGAUACUGAUGAUGAGUCUGAAAAUGAGAAACCAAAAUUAUCUCCACCUUCAGAAAAGCCUAAGAGUCCACAGGAUUUGUUUAAGGAACAACUAGCAAAGGCUUAUGAAGAGAGACAAGAACGAAACAAACUGCUACUGGAAAAGAAAAAGCAAAAACAGGACACAGCACAAUUGUCUGAACAAAAGCAAGAAGAAGCUGUCAAUCUUUUGAAAAAAAUGAGCAGAGAUCUAGACAAGAAAUGGCUUGCUGAAUUUCGACACACGUCAUCAACAGGAGAAGAGCAAACAUCAGACAAGGAGAUGGAUGAAGAGGCAAGUGAAUCAAGUAGUCUGAGAAUCUUUUCGGAUGAGUGGACCCCUGAACACGACCUUGACUCUGAUGAUGACAUUGAUGAUCGUAUUGUGACAAACUUGACCAAGACCACACCUGAAGGAUUUAAGUCAUCAAUAAUUCCAGCAAAGGUUCGUGACCUAAAAGGUCAGGAGAAGAAGAAAAAUGGCAAAUACAUUCGCAGAAAAUCUGACUCUUCAGGUGAUGACAAGCACAGAUACGGUAGCAUAAGAAAGUUUAAAUAUAAUAUCCGCAAAAGUGUUCAGAAUGCAUUUGGAUCGAUUAGUCGUGCUUCUGGAAAACUCUUGAAAACUAAAUCACAAGACUUGCUGGAUGAGUCGGAAGAUCCUACUUCAUCCUCAAACUGGCAGUUGGCACCUGAAAAGGAAGUAGAUUCUACCAACAAUGGCAAAACCAGAAAGGAUAGUCAAGGUAUAACCAGAGCAUCCAAUUAUGAGGUUGAAGAGGCUAGUGAGGAUGAGUCUGAAGAUUCAGAUGAGGAGCUGGAGGAUCCAGAGGAUGAGAGACUGAAGGAGUCAUCUGGACAAAUGAAGCAAAUGGGACUGGCAUACGUCACGGGCCACAAACAAGUUGUACUGCUGCCUGAAUUCGAAACAGUCAGACUGGAUAAAAAAGGAAAUAUUAUUGAUUCUGUAGAUGAGGAAAAUAACUGGGCACCAAAGAUUUUCAAGAAAAAGAAAAAGUUUACAUAUGCAUCAACUAUUCGUCAAAAGGAAAAGGAAAAAAUAGAUGAAAUGGUCUCAGAAAAAAUCCGCGAAAAAGAGCAGCAAAUUGAGUUUGAACGCAGACGUCAGUUUGAAAUGGAGAAGGAAUUCCACAGAUUAAGAGCUCUAGAAAAUCAGGAGCAACUACAACGUUUACAGUCCGCACACAUGCAGCAGCAGCUACAUGCACUACAGCAGCAACAGCUACAUGCACUACAGCAGCAGCAGCAGCAACAACAAGCAUUUGGUGGAAUGUCACUGUCUGCACCAGCUUUGCCUGCACCCAAUGGUAUGCAAGACCUGAAUGGAUUUGGAACAAAUAUGCUGAACCCUGCUGGGUAUGGUCAGCAUCAAGCUAUUGCACCUGUCAGUGUCAUGGGGCAGAGUAUGGCAUCUGCUUCUUUUCCACAGAAUGUCAACAUGCCUUUCAUGAAUCCUCCAAACAUGAAUGGGAAUCUUUCCAAUAUGGGUUCCUACGACAUCAGCUACCUCAGCAAUGUGAUGAAGAUGAACGGCAUCCAGCCACCAUCGACCACCCAGCAGUGGGCCUACCUGCUGAGCUCUGUAAAUAUUCCUUCGGCUCCAUUCGAAGUUCUCCAGGGCAAGACGAUGUCGGUUGGAGGUGCAGGACCAGGGCCAGAUCUGUCAACGGUCUUCCCAGCCACAUCAUUUGAAGGUGCCCAGGCUGAAUAUUGCCAGAAAAGACAGCUAAUGGACUAUCUUCCCAAAGGAUCCAUUGAUCCUAGAGAACAGUCUAAGUAUACAGGAUUCUUGGACGAGUUUCAGCGUGGAGCAAAGACUGAACGGUUACAGGAACUGCAGCCACAACCACCUCUCUCAGAGAAGCCAAAGUUGAAAUCAAAUCCAGUGUAUUAUUCUAGUGAUGAGGAUGACUUGACCAAUGGACUAUCUCCUGCCAGGACUAGCAUGGUGGCUUGUAUUAAGGUGGGCGACCACCGGGAGAUUCCCAUGGUGGCCAAGAGUAAAUCUUGUGACAUAAAUUCAAAUACACACACUGAAGCACUGAUGGUUAAUGGCCAUGUUGGAAAUUCUCAUGGUGCAUCAAACAAAGUGUAUGGACCCCUCGGAUUCAAGCCAGUGUCAUUCAUUUCAAAUUCAAACGUGUGUUUUAGUCACCUAUAAAUGUUCCCACGGUGAUGACGAUAGUUCAAGUGGAGCUGACCGAUAACAUCAUUUCACUGUAGACAGACUAUUUUUAACACAAGACGAUUUGUAUAUGAAACCUAAGUCAACUACUACAGGUGUGUGACCAGGAAAUUGUGCAAGGGGGUCUAGACUGUGGCAAGCAGAGUGUUCGGGGGGUUAGGUCAUGCUCCUCUGGAAAAUACAUUAAAAAUAUAAAAUUUGCCAGGAGCAGGGGACUUCUAACCAGCACCCUCCUGACCCCCCCCCCCCCCCCCCAUGCACAUGUGCCUGUUCUGUACAUGCAGGAAAUUGUGCAGGGGGGUCUAGACUCUGGCAAGCAGAGCUUCUAGGGGGUUAGGUCAUGCUCGUUUGGAAAAUAAAAUUUACUUACAGUAGAGGUUUCUGACCCCUCCUCCAGACCACCUAUGGACACACGUGCCUGUGUGAUAUUAUGUAUUGUUCACAUUACAAUACCAGAUAACCUGUGUUUGAUCAUUGUAACUAAUAAGAUUUAAUAUUGAAACCAAAGAGCAGAGGACAGAAAAACUAUUUUGCUCAUUCCAAUGUUUUAUGGCUGUGGUACAUGGGUGCAUUUUAAAUCAAUUGGUAGUUUGAUUGUGUACAGAUGUGCAUGUGUGCAUGCACAUGCAUAUGCACACACACACACACACACACACACACACACACACACACACACACACACACACACACACAUUUCCUAUUUUGUAUCAGUUUUCCUAUCAUUGUUAAAUUGAAUGAUCCUAUUAGAAGCUGUAACCCUGAAAACUCAGUCUGUUACAACUUUUACAUCUUUCAAAUAUUAGUUGAGCAGAUUUAAUGCUGGUAUAUUAUGGAUGAUGACAUUUAUAGAAAGAUCCACUUAAUAAAUGUUGGUGCUUUUCAUUAUACCCUAAACUGACUGCAGUAGUAAGGCUUCAUUUUAAAAACUUUAUUUAAAAAGUAUAACACAUAGCUAUAUAUCUGAGGGUUGGGGACAGUUUUUAGUUAGUGAAAUAUGUAUAUCUAGUUAUAACAAGCAGACAUUAAUUAACUUUUGAUGUGGAGUCAUUUUACAGAUUCAUGUUGCUAUUUUGUUCUCAGGCCAUCAAACACUAAACAGACUUUUGUUUAUUAAAACCCAAGAGUAUGAAACAUCUGUAUCCUCAAAAUCUUUGAUGUGGAGAAAAUGGCAUUUAUGAAAAUGUUGAGGAAAGAAAACUUGCAUUCCUCAAAAUAGUCCAUAUUAGAGCAGAACAGUGAUAUAUAAUAUGUUGAGUGACAUUAGUUUGAAACUAGAUGUAACAUACAUGUAUGCCAAUUAUUAUAAAUACUGAUAAUGUCAUUUGUUUCUAAAACAAUGUUGCUACAUUGCAUUUAUUGUCCACAUGAAUGAAUGUGUUGCAGAAGUGUUUGAUUUAAAACUUCCAUACCAGUAUAUCUUCCCAUCCUUCCCCCCUCCCCCCAAAAAAAUAAAAUAAUAAAAAUAAUAAUAAAAUUUAAAAAAUUGGUACACUGCUAAACUGCAUUUCUUGUCCACAUGAAUGAAUGUGUUGCAGAAGUGUUAUACAAACACUAUACAGAUUUCAGAAACAGUGCACGCUUGUUAAAUGAAUGGUGAAUUCCAUCUCAAUAAAGUACUCAGAUAGAUGUAUGUAGCCAUUUUUUGACAUGAGUACAUGAAUAAGCAGAAUUUUGUGUACUUGGAAAAUAUAGAAUAACAAACUUAGUCAAGUUUUUCUGAUUGCUCUGAUCAUGUGUUCAAUGUUGACAAUGUAUCAGUAAUAACAAAAAAGGUGAGAUAAACUUGGUAUCCAAGUAUCGUGUCCCUUAAAAGUGACAUCCCAUGCUCAUACUUAUGAUAUAUGUGUGUACAGUAUCCAUUACUUCAUGUACAUUUAAUGUACUCAUGGAAAGAAACAAGGGAACACAUGGUAUCUGAGACCAAAUUUAAUUCACUACUGAAGGAGUUGUUGUCUGUAGUGCAUGUUAAAUAAAACAUUUCUUUCUUUCUUUUUGUUGUCUGUAUAAAAUACAGAGAUGUAUUGUGAGUUUGAAUGUCAGUAAUGUGAGCUUGAAUGUCUGUAAUGUGAGCUUGAAUUUCAUUAAUGUGAGCUUGAAUGACAAUAACUCGGUUAACUUCCUGAUACUGUGGAUGAGGGUUUUGUUUGCUGUUAGUAUUUGCUGUUACUACUUGUGUGUUCCCUGAGUUCCUUCCAUCAGUAUAUGUUAACUACAACCAAUUAAACACCAGAGACCUAAUUCACUAAACUCUCGCAACUUUGUGAUCUCGCAGUGCAAUGCUAAAAGACUUGCAAAGAGGAUGCUUUGUUGUCUAGCAGAGCCUAAGAGAACUUUGUGAAUUAGGUCCCAGUACUCACAUAUCAUUGUUGAUGUCUUCUAAUACAUAGUGUAUUACCUUUUAUACACGUGUACUUAAGUCUGACUUAUUAAAAAUAUAUAUAUAUGAGAUAUGUUGAAAUACUAAAUAUCAUAGCAUUCCAAUUAAUUUAAUUUCUUGGCUUAGUGCGAGUUGGCAGAUAUAAUUGAUAUACGCCUUAAAAUAAAAUUCAUUGGAAUGAUUUUCUAUACAUGUGCUGUACAUGAAUAUAAUCAAAUGUAAUGAUUUGUGAAGUUUGUUAAUGAAUUGCAUUAUAUGGUUAUGGUGUAAUAACCAAAAUUACAUCACUAACAGUUAAGACACAAAUAAAUAUGAGCCAUACUAUUUCAGAAACAAAAAUGAUGAUGCCCAAAUAGAUGUCCAUAAUGAAAUGUUUAGAAAUUAUCUUUUAAGUUAGGAGAAUUUUAACUGUUUUAGACACUGUGUAUAUCAUCAUAUAUUUUUACAAAUGGUUAAACAUUUGACCAUCUCAUUAUUAUGCCCAAUUGAACAAUUUAGUUUUUAUCCUUUUGAUGUUGGGAUAACGUAUAGUUACAGGUGUUUGCUUUAGGUUUUUCCUAUUACUUACAGUCUCCAAAGAUAAAAAUAACUGAAUAAGCAAGCGGAUUUGGAAAUCUACUUAUCAACUGAUAUAUUGCUUGUCUGAGCAGAUUUUCACUUUCCACAACAAAUGGCUAAGUACUUAUUUUGAAAGCUGAAUACAUGCUUUUAUAUUUCAGUUCUUAUUGUAUCCUAUGAACUGUUACUGCAAGUUGAAAAAUUAAUGUCCAACUUAAGAGAGUUUCUUUUAAAAUACUGUAAACCAGAUUAAAUUAAUAUUGUGACCUGGGGUUGUUGUUGGGGGUUUUUUUUUUUUUUUUUAGAAUACAAUCUGUUUGUUUUUGGGGUUUUUUUUUUAGAAGUUCCAAUGGUUUGUAACUGCAAUGUGUAUCUGCAAUGAAUACAACAUUUUGCAACAUGAGGUUGGGUGUGAACAACUUAAAAAGUUAUAUGCAUCCAUUUUGUACAGUAUGUAAAAUAUUACAUUAAAAGAAUAGCAGAUUUAAAAAGGAUGUUUUGUAAAUUAAGGGAAAAUCAAAAGAAUAUUUUUAUAAUACAUGUGUAUAAUCUGUAAUGAUUUAGAUAUAAAUUUAUAACUCAAAAUAAAGUAGAAACCAUGUGUGCAAUAAGAAUAAUUUGAUCUGAACAAAUUCGUCAAUUACAUGAUUUUUAUGUUUAAUUAUAUAUAUGUAGAUGUAUUUAUUUGUAUUUAUGUAAAUGUGUUUGUGGUGGAUAUUUACAAAUGUAUAUAAAUAGAUGACUAUAUUGAUGAAUAAUUUGGAAUUGGAUUGAUGCAUAUAUUUAGAAGACUGAAAUGGAAGCAGGAUGUCCCCUCCUCCAUAACAUCAAAGUCCCUCAGAAAUUCAGUGUUUUUCGGAUGAAUACAGUGAAUUUUAUUUCAUUAUGAUGGGGGAGAUGUAAUAUAUGGGUUAGCUGGCUGGUUCUGGAAAAUACUGUCUAUACAUAAUACAUGUUAAUGUACUUCAGAAUACUAUUACAGUAUGUGUCUUUUUUAAUGUAAAAAUAUAGGCUACUGUAAAACUAAAAGAAGUCUGUGGUAUUUUUUAUGGCAGUUUUGCUGUUAAUGUGUAAGAAAGGAGUUUUAAUUUGUCAGAAUGACAAAAAAUAAAUAAUUAACUAAGAAAAGUAACAACAAACUGAAAAUUCCACUGUAAAGCAAAAACCACUAUGGCAAUCUCCAUGGCAUUGCUAAUUGCUUUGCAUAGUUGUUAGAAGAAUCUUAUAUCUGCUCCCGAAUGGUUAACAAAUAAUUGACAGGAGUUUUUGUAAAUGGUAAAAUUACCUUUGUCUGAUAAAAAGAGCUCUGAUUAUUUCUAUAUGAAAUUGAGAUAUAAAAACAAUACAAAUAAAACCCCACAAAACAUACAAUUUUUGUCCUAUGUUUAUCUGAAUAGUGAUUUUGUUGUGAAGCUAAAAUGUUCAUUUCAGGUUAGGUCAUAGGGCUUUAGUGCACAUUCAGAGCAAGCUGUUGUAGCGCAUGCUGUUCAUUUCAUUGUUACAUGUAUUGUUAAACUAAAAUGUACCUUUCAUUGUUCUUCAAGUGAAACUGAGGAUUUGAUGAAAACAACUAUUAAACUGAGAUAUUGGAUUAAUCAAUCAAAACUAUUUUUAUUUGAACUGUAUUUAAUAAACAAGAGAAAAAUAUGUUAUUCAUUCAUUUUAAAAGUAAUACCAACAGGUUUGCGACUGAAAACUAACUGUAUUUACAAGCUUAUACAAAUACUACAGUAUCUAUGUACAUAUAUAUAUAUCCUGUAUGCAUGAAUCUGGUUCUUUAUGUAUUCAUUUGAUCAAAUAUAAAUAUUUAAAAAUAUAUAUUUAUAUAUAUAUAUUUACAUACAUACAUGAAAAUGAAUAUGUACUAGGCUACUGCAGAAUUCAUUAUACAUAUAAUAAAUAUUUCUUUAUAAA